AUGAGUGCGGACGUGAACGUCACUGGAGUGAGAGGAGGUGGUGAGGAGGACAGUGUGCUCAGGAGCUACGUGGUCACUCUUGUCAACGGCUCUGGUUCUGUCCUUCUACAGGGCCAGUGGGUCGGCGGCGCCCCGAUGUGCCAGACUUACGCUUACGUUACGUGUGUGUUUACCAGUGUGUCGGUGUGGACGAUUGCAGCACUGAGCUGGGACAAGUACCAGACUAUCGCCUCACCUCUCCACCAUUCUUUGACGGCCACUGUGCGCAAGAUGUUGCCCAGCUUCUCCGCGCUGUGGCUAUGUGGCCUCCUCCUCUCCCUGCCCCCUCUUCUCGGGGGGAAUGAGUUCACCUUCCACCCAUCAAUGGGCAUCUGUGGCGUGAACUCCGCCAGUGUGUCCGGGCGUUGGUACACCUGUCUGCUCGUCUGUUUGUCUUUCAUCUUCCCCUUCUGUCUUAUGAUCUACUGUUACGCACACAUUUUCCGUAUAGCGCGUACCCAGAGCAGUCGUAUAGCGGCCACCAUGUUGCGAAUGGUGAGCGUGAUACAGGCACCUAUUGCCCCGGCUACACAGAACUCUCUCUCCAUGAGAGGCACAAAAGCCAUGGGAACAAUACUCCAGCUUAUCGGUUCUUUCGUGCUAACUUACCUCCCGUACGCCGUCAUUAUCCUCUACGAAGUCAUCUUUGCCGUGCACGCCAAUAUUGUGUUCGUUUCCAUAGCAACCACGUUGUUUCUGGCUGCCCCCUUCACCCACGCGGCCAUCUACGGGAUCAGAAAUCAGAUUUUGCGCACUUCGUUUUAUCGGUAUGCCAGACGCAAAGCUCAGAGAUGUUGUGCCAAAGACAAACGACGCGGGAGUGUCAAGUCUCAGGGCCGGAGGGUGCCGAACCACCUUAAACUGCCCAUGAAGUGCAUCGUGAAGAGUGACGGUCGACAGUACGUCCUCAGGCGCACUCUCUCCUACCAAGACAAAGAUGGCGGAGUGGGGCGUGAGGCAAUUGGAUUGGGCCACGCCGAAGGACUGACUAGACCUCAUUCAUACAACGUCCUUCAGAAAACAUUCAAUGGUCGGGGAGGUGGUGCGGGGAAUGGGGGUGCUGGUGGGACAACUCUUGGCCAAUCCAGUCCUCGUCAAAAUGGUAAUGUAGUAAAGCACGAAAAGGAGGUAUCGUUCUCGGACCAGAAUGAGAUCUCGUACAUUCUUCCUGACGGCCUGUCGCACGGCACGAGACCGGAAAUCUCCUUCUACAGCAAAGACAUUAUGAAAGAGAUGAGUGUGAUGGACUCGGAGAUGGAAGCUCUGAAUGGGCCGGGGUUCGAAGACAGAGAGGAGAAACCAGUGUCUGUAUUCCACAUCGGAGAGGAAGACGAGGAGGACGAGGAAGAAUUCCAUUAACAGAGAAAGGAUUUGCGGAGCAGGUCAUUAUUUUGUUUUGAAACAAAACUCCGUUUCGGACAAAUAUGCCAGACAUGUAUUGAUAUUUGAUCAAGAAUAUUGUUGUGAGAGGGAACAGGCUAUCUUAUUGUGUUAAAUUGAAUCAACAAAAACAUAUUUCUGUCUAUAAUUUAGUUAUGUUUCUAAUUUGUUUGUUUGUCAUUAGUUUGUCAUUAGUUGGU